AUGCCACCAAAGGGAAAAUCGCGGGUCAAUAGACGUUCGGGUCCGUCCCUAGAGAUGUCUCAAUACUUAGAUGCCGGUGCCAACAAAAUUAAGAAAAGAAUAAGAGAUUUGGAAAGAUUGCUGUCCAAGAAGAGGGACAUGUUACCAGAUACAGUCAUCAUCGAAAAGGAGAGAACUCUACAAGCAUUGUACGUGGAAUUGGAAAAUGUAGAGUUGAAGCAGAAGGCGAAGAAAAUUGCGGCCAAGUACCAUAUGGUUCGGUUUUUUGAACGAAAGAAGGCAUUGAGAAGGUACAAACAGGCCGUAAAGGAAUUUGAAGAGGACCCUGAGAAGAAGAAACUGAAGAAACAAAUGCAACAAAGAGAAAUUGACCUGUGCUAUGUUGUAAAUUUUCCCAAGGUGGAAAAAUAUUUGGCGCUGUACGCCUCAGAAGGUGAUGAGCCCACCGAUAGCAAGACAACACAAAAAAGAGAUGCUUUCCGGAAGCUUGUAGCCAAAGAAUUGAAGAAGGGAACUUUACCGGUGCCACUAGAAGAUAUCUUGAAGGGCAAAAAGUUAGAGAAGGACAGUAUAGGUGUCAGUUUGGAGAGCCGAAAGACCCGCAAGAUCAAACAGCAUAAGGUUAAGGCUGAGGUUGAAAACUCUUCUGAGGAAGAAGAGGACGAUUUCUUUGAAUAA